GUGCCAUCUGCGAAAUUUAAGGCAAGCUGCUUCGUUACAUUGCCGUGCUGUUCUGAUUGACAACACAAAUACCUAACUGACUAUCAAUCACCACUAACCACCCCGUGAAAGCGAAUUUAAUACAUUAUCAGUUUCGAGGUAUGGAUGAAUAUACAAUUUCUGCACCCAAUGAAACUCAUUAUGAAGCUAUUGGAAAUUUCCUUUUUCAAGAUUAUUUACAACGUGAGAGAUGCUGUGUUACUUCUGGGUUAUCUGCUGAAAUGGCAGAAGCAGGUCUUGAUUUGACAAGCAACACUGUUGAUGAGAUAAUCGGUGCCCUACAGGAAGGUUUAACCCUCAUUGCUGCAGACAGCAAGGACCCAGGAACAAUAGUUGGCGUAGCCAUAAAUGUGAAAGCCAAGGAUGACACUGAAUUUGACAGCUCUAAGCUUUCUAAAAGCAGACAAGCUAUUAUAAAGUUCGUUAAACAACUCAAGGAGGGGCACGAUAUUACCACAGAAUGUGGUGGUCAAGGUUUCUAUUUAUGGAUGCUUGGUGUAAGGGAGAUUCACUGUCGAAAAGGAAUUGCUAGGAGAUUGACUGAGAAAUCAAUUGAAUUGGCUCGUCAGAAGAACAUGUCAUUCAUCAGCAGUAUUGCUUCCUGUGCUGAAACCGUGCACCUGUGUGAAAAUAUGGGUUUUGAAACAAAAUCUGAGAUGAAAUUUCAAGAUUUUUUUUUGGAUAACCAUAUGCCUGGAUUUCCUCACGCAACAUCUUUAGACAAAGCAAGAUUUACGGUAAAAAAAUUGUAAGCCAGUUAUCGUUAUUUAGGAUACAAAUUUGUGGAUGAAUGUCAGUGUACGAAAUAUAUUUUAAAUGUGAGAA